AUGAAAACUCUAUCACUGCUUGUAUGCAUCUUUGUGCUGAGUGCUUGCUUCCCAUUCAGUGAAAGUGGAAGAAAGAAUCGCAAAUCACAUCACAAAAAACAUAUUCAACAGUCACCUAAACUUCACAAAUUACCACAUUGUUCUGAAUUACCAUCCCACCAGAAUCAACUCAGUAAAAAGUAUUACCAUGUUCUUCUACACAAAUUAUCUAAGCAUAGGCCUGAACAUUCAUAUACUAAGUGUUCAGUCAAAAAUAACACUGUGGUCAACAAUAACAAUUCAGAGAUCACCACCCAAGUACCAUCUUUGAAUUCCAUAUCUCCUUCCAUCAAAAUUACUACCAAUUCAGGUGUGAGACCUCUCACUCAGAAUGCUGUUAUUACAUCUGCAAGAGAAAAUAUCAUGACUGGCUCUUCUGUAGCUACAUCAACAUCACAACCUUCUUCAGCUCUUCCAGAGACCACAGCUUCCCCACCUACAUCUUUCCCAGCUACAACUCCACAACCUUCUUCAGCUCUGCAAGAGACCACAGCUGCCCAACCUACAUCAUUCCAAGCUACAUCAACACCACAACCUUCUUCAGCUCUGCAAGAGACCACAGCUGCCCAACCUACAUCAUUCCCAACUACAUCAACACCACAACCUUCUUCAGCUCUGCCAGAGGCCACAGCUGCCUCACCUACAUCUUUCCCAGCUACACCAACACCACAACCUUCUUCACCUCUGCCAGAGACCACAGCUGCCCCACCUACAUCUUCCCCAGCUGCAACAACACCACAACCUUCUUCAGCUCUUCAAGAGACCACAGCUGCCCAACCUACAUCAUUCCCAGCUACAUCAACACCACAACCUUCUUCAGCUCUGCAAGAGACCACAGCUGCCCCACCUACAUCUUCCCCAGCUGCAACAACACCACAACCUUCUUCAGCUUCACCAGAGAUCACAGAAGUCUCACAUGCCACACCUAAUUCUUCCCCAAACACUGUUGCACCUGAAACUACAGCUGCACCAGUACCCCAAACUACUCCUCCAACCACUAGUCAAACUGUUACUGUCACACAACCGACUUCAUCUCCCAGUCAAAAUAUAUAUCUUCAAUUUCUUGCAGGCUUACGAUAUUGGUUUAAUAGAAUUUUUGAUCAUUUAGAAAGGAUUCAGUAG